UGAGGGGCUGGUUCGGGGCUGGUGGAGAGCCUCGGGGGAGGGGCCCCGCUUGGGAGCGGAGCCGGGAUGGGCCGCUGUCGCUGCUGUGUCCUGUCGUUUGGUGCGAGUGGCAGGUCGGCCGCUUCCCGGAGUGAAGCGUGUGACUCCUGGUAAUGGCGCUGCGGGAGCCCGGCGGCAAGCCCAGCUCGACAGCAGUGCAAGCGGCCGCAGCCCAACCCCCGGGAAAACCUGCGGCUGAGCGCCACCCGCCUCCGCCCCCGCCCCCGGCCGGGAUCGAGCACCGGGGCCGGGCGCCAUGGAGACACUGAGCGGCACCAAGGAGAUUGAGUGGAGCGGCGUGUCGAGGCCGCUGGACCUGCUGGUCAGCACCUACCGGUUACCGCAGCUCGUCAGGCUGGAGAGCGGGGAAACUGUGGAAGGGAUUCGUGAAAAUGAUUUGGUUUUACUUCAUUCCUGCCGACAAUGGACAACUAUUACUGCGCACAGUUUGGAAGAAGGUCACUAUGUGAUAGGACCAAAAAUAGAGAUUCCUGUUCAUUAUGGUGGACAGUUUAAGCUAUUGGAACAGGACCGAGAUAUCAAGGAACCCGUACAAUACUUCAGCAGUGUGGAGGAGGUGGCAAAAGCAUUCCCAGAGCGAGUGUAUGUAAUGGAGGAAAUAACAUUCAAUGUUAAGGUAGCCGCAGGGGAAUGCAAUGAAGAUACUGAAGUAUACAACAUUACUUUGAGCACGGGCGAUGAACUUACUCUAAUGGGACAAGCUGAAAUCCUUUAUGCCAAAACAUCAAAAGAAAAGUCCAGACUUAAUAAUAUCUUUAAGAAAAUUGGAAAAUUGAACUCUAUUGGCAAAUUUGGACGAGGAAAGAUGCCUUGCCUUAUUUGCAUGAAUCACCGGACAAAUGAAAGCAUUAGCCUUCCUUUCCAGUGUAAAGGCCGAUUCAGCACACGUAGUCCCCUUGAGAUACAAAUGCAAGAUGGUGAACACACUAUUCGCACCAUUGUUGAAAAGACCAGGCUACCAGUCAAUGUUACUGUGCCAUCUGCUCCUCCACGAAAUCCUUACGAUCUGCACCUCAUUCGAGAGGGUCAUCGCUAUAAGUUGGUUAAUAUUCAAACUAAAACUGUUGUGGUGUGCUGUGUACUUCGCAACAACAAAAUGAUUCCCAUGCACUUUCCACUUCAUUUAGUUGUGCCAAAGUUUACCUUAGCUGAAGGUCUUCUUAAGGGAGCUAUGUGGUAUGAGAGUACAGUUCAACAUUCGUUCAAUGUUUGUCAGGAGCAGUUUGAUAUUGAAGAAUAUUCGCGAGCUGUUCGGGAUGUAAAGAUUGACUGGAAUGAAGAUUGCAAAAGUCCGAAGAAGACGCAGUGUACUGGGCACAGUCACAUGCCUAACUCUCUCAGCUAUGCCCGUGAAGAAUUGACACAGUCUUUUCAUCGACUUUCAGUAUGUGUUUACGGAAAUAAUUUGCAUGGAAAUAGUGAAGUUAAUCUGCAUGGUUGCAAAGAUCCAAAUAAUGAGUGGACUCUCUUCUCUCAUGAAACCAUCCCAUCUCAAGAUUCUGGAGACAGUGGGAGUGAUUAUCUGUUACCUGAAGUGACUGAAGAAUCUGCUGGAAUCCAGUCGUGGUCAGACCUUCCCUAUGAAGAGCUCUGGUUAAACCAAAGGACUGGGAGACAGGGUGGACAAGAUCUUUGCUGUUUGGGUGAGAGAUUGAAAUCUGAUCAGAGGGGCUCUGGCCACUCUAAAUGUCCAGCUGCUGCCACCCUUUCUUCUUCAGGUCCUUUGUCUUCAAUUAAACCAUCAUCUGAUGUUUGUCUACCUCCACCUCCAGUGCCUCCAAAGUCUGAAGCUGUAAAAGAAGAAUGCAGACUUCUGAAUGCUCCACCAAUCCCACCACGGAAUUCCAAGCCAUCCUCUCAGAGUCCAUCAAUUCCUCCUCGACAAAUACGCCAACAGGCACGAUCUCCGAGCCCUACACUAUCUUACUAUUCUUCUGGAUUGCACAACAUUGGUGCCACAGAAAAUGAUGCACCUCCGCCUAAUGAGAAGCAUUCCUCAGUUUCCUGUUACCCUUGUAACUGGAUCGACUCUAAUGCUUUGGAGAGUGGAGCUAAACUCCCCCUCAGAAGCCCCUUGUUGGACUGCCCUUCAAAUCGUUCAUCGUGGCCAAACCAACGUUACGGGGAUGUUGACCAAGAUGGUUGUGAUUUUUUAUGUGAACACAGAAGUUACUACAGUUAUCCACGUCACAAAAUGCCAAGUACUCCAAAGAACAUAGUCCCAGUACUGUUUCAGUAUGGUAGCAUUGAGUGUGCUGGGGGCUGUGAAGAGUUUCCAAUUAAUAAGCAGCAACAAUCCAAGAAUGGAAAAUUCCAUUUUACUCUGACUGGCUGCCCAAGAUCUACAAGCUAUUCCUCAGAUGGCUAUGGAGAAAAACCUUUAGCAGAUAUCGUCCAACAAAGUCAGUCAUGCCCCACCUUACCACCACGUCCAUUAAAGCUCACUGAGGAAUUAGUUGGCCUAGAAUCACGGUUUCUGCCAUCAACUAUAGAUGGGGCUGAGGACAAGCCAUGGAUUUGCUCAACAGAUCUACCUGAUGUAAAUUUUGGUAACAAAGGUACACUGGGUUUAUUUUCUAUUCCUCCUCCUCCUCCUUCUCCUUAUCUGCAAUUAGCACGUUCAUGUGGUGAUGGAUCCCCCUGGCAGCCGCCAUCUGACCUUAGUGGACUGUCUAUUGAAGAGGUGUCAAAGUGCCUGCAAUUUAUUGGUCUCCCUGAAGAGAUUGUGUCACUCUUUGUGAUGGAAAAAAUUGAUGGAAAUUUACUUGUACAGCUGACAGAGGAAAUCUUGUCUGAAGACUUUAAGCUUAGCAAACUCCAAAUUAAGAAGCUUUUGCAGUUCAUCAGUGGCUGGCGACCCAAGAUGUAGUGCUGUGAUUCAAAAAGCAUAAAUGUAGAGGAUCUGACCUCAACAUUUAUUGUUUUGCACUAAGUAGCCAUCACUUUUGGACUGUGUCAAAUCAGUGCUGUGUCUCUGAAUAGUUUGCUUGUAAAGGUACGAAAUCUAGUUUUUCUAUGUUGAUUAAACUGACAUCCUAUGACAAAAGAAACCUUGCUGGAAGUGUGCCUUGUGUGCUAAUCACCCAUCAUUAACUGUUUGAAUUAUUAAAAAAUGGAAGUAAAUUGGUUGUUUCUCAAGUUCAUAAAAUUGUACCUAAUGUAGAAGAUAAUACUGUACUAAGUGCUAGAUUCCUGAUCAAAAAGUCUUCUGGUUCAGAUUUUUGACAUACAGAAUUGCUAUUUAACUGUACUGUUAUGGGUCUAGCCUACUGCUUAGCUACUGUAUUAAUGUUGCAUUUUCUUAAUUGAUAUAUAAAAUGAUGGUGGCACUUGUUUUUACUACUGGUUAUAGGUUCUUGCUGGGCACAUAUGUAUGUAGAUUAAUAAAAAUACCUAGGUUUUUGAGUUGAUCUUGAAACAAGUAAGCUGAACAAACUGAAUUAUAACAGAAACAACAUUUAAUAUAAUAAACCCAUUUCAGACUGAACUAAAAGGCCUGAAAGGUGUCAUGAGAUUUACUGCUUUUGUCAGAAAUGCUCGAGUCUCUGUUAAAACUUUUUUCUGUUUCAUACCUGACUAGCGAGUGUAGAUAUCUUCAGAUAGAGUUGAUGAAAAAGACUUGCUAAAUAUAUUUUCCCAGCAAAAAGACUUGUGUUACCAAUCAUUCAGUGCAUCAGUCCAUGUUAACUGAAUCCUCGUUCAACUAUGUCCUAAAUUUGCUAGUCCAAAGUAGUUGAGAAAUGUUCUGCCUUAUCUUCCAAAGUAAUACUAUUCAAGUGGCUGAAAAUUGUGUUCUCCAGGAAUAAAGUAUAUCUGUAUGAAUGUAUCAUAGCUUCACAAGAUUCCGAGCAAGGCUGUUAAGUUCAGUUCAUGAUAUUGCUGAAGAAAUUAAUUUCUUCCUUCAGAUGUUGUCAUGUUUAAUUGUGCUCUUGCCAGCAAUUUUCAAAACUAAAAUUAGCACGAUAAUAACUAACAUUAAGAAAAUAAAGACUUUCAAUUACGUAUAGCUGAGGAUAUCCCAAAGGAAACACGGCAACAGACAUAUUGAACGAUAGAAGCCAAAGA